AUGGAGGGAAGAAAAAUGGAGACAUCCUCUUCCCCUCUACGUGUGGGAAUGGCUUCCUUCAAUUUGUGGACCCAGCUUUUGUGUCUGCUAUCUGCUGUCAACCACUCGUCUCCCUUGCAGCGGAAUCUGAUCUUAGCAGGAGCGGACUCAACCUCCCUCGGCAUGACAUGGACCCUAGCCUUAUUAUUGAACAACAAACACGUUCUAAAGCGUGCCCAAGAGGAGAUCGAUCAUCACGUAGGCAAGCAAAGAUGGGUCCAAACUUCAGAUAUCAAAAACCUAAUUUACCUUCAAGCCAUUCUCAAAGAAGCCUUAAGAUUAUACCCACCAGGUCCUCUUUUAAUACCCCAUGAAGCAACACAAGACUGUUAUAUCUCUGGCUAUUACGUCCCAAAAGGCACCAGAGUUUUUGCCAACGUGUGGAAACUCCAUAGAGACCCAUCCAUUUGGUCACAGCCUGAGAAGUUCAUGCCUGAGAGGUUUAUUACAGAAAAUAAUGGAGAUGUUGAUCAUGAAGGUCGCCAUUUUCAGUACCUCCCUUUUGGGUCCGGAAGAAGGGCAUGUCCUGGUUCUAGUUUUGCCAUGCAAGUGAGUUUGCUGAGUCUGGCUCGUUUGCUUCAAGGGUUUGAGUUGAAGGCCGUAGGCGAUGAACCAGUGGACAUGAAAGAAGGCUCCAGCUUUACUUUGCCUAAGGAGACUCCAUUGGAAGUUCUCCUCACUCCACGACUUUUGUCUCAUCAAUAUCACUCAUUAUUGUCCUCAAAUUCUUAACUACGACACCAUUUGCAUUCAAUAACUGUUGUAAACAAUAACAUAUAUAUACAUACAUUUUAUGGAGUGAUUAAAA